CAUAUGAGCCAACCGUGGAGGGUUCCAGUCGCCCAUCACUGUGCUCGCGGACCGAGAAGAGAUGGGGUGGACGUGUAGGCGCCCUUCAUCAAGGCCACAUGUGACCGAGGCACGGGUGAAUCAUAAACAAAGGACCACUGUUCCCCAUGUGAUCUUAGCCCCUCCCUCUCCCUUCUUUCACCCGGCAGCAGCUCCCCAAUCGUCCGCCAGUAACCAUGACACCAUCAUCAAUCCUCUCACGCUCUGGGCCUCUCAUCCUCUUUAGCUCCCCAGCUGCACUCUUACUUGACUGCUAUAUAGAGGACCAAGAAGAACACUACAAGCUAGUGAGAGUGUGCGUGUAUGUGUGAAAGCUCUUCUUGCAAGUAACUGAUCUCCAGAGGUAGGAAAAAUGAGAGAUCAGCUAUCUGGACUUCUUGGUCUUUUUUUGAUGCACUUGAGCUGGGUUUUUCUCCAGUGGCACCUUCCUUUUGGUGCUUCUUAUGAUGGACCGCCGUACGACUAUUAUGCUACUACUGAGUGCAAGACUCAUCCUGAAGCUCCGCUUUACAAUGGAGGAAUUCUGGCGGACAGGACAGGGAAGAUUCCUAUGACAUACCAUAAAAUGGAGACGGGGGUCUAUUCUCCAGCAUUCGUACUAUACAACCUUACGGGGACUACAAGAUACAGCUUCUCUUGUUGGGUGCAGAUCAAAGGAACAUAUUCAACUCUUCUCAAGGCAAGACUAUCCACAGAAUCUUCAACAUCAUGCAUAGGAACUGCAUUGGCCAGUAGUGACUGCUGGUCCUUUCUUAAGGGCGGUUUUGUCCUCGACUCACCCUCUCAGACUUCAAUUCUCUACUUCCAGAAUGUUGAUGCGAACAAUGCCAUCGAAAUCUCAGUCACAAGCCCAUCGUUACAACCGUUCUCGGUCGAGCAGUGGAAGACGCAGCAAGAAGAAAAUAUCAGAACAAGAAGAAAGCGUGCGGUAACAGUUCACGUCUCGGACUCGCAAGGAAACCACAUCGUGGGAGCAUCUGUCACAGCCCAGCAGCUCUCCAAAGACUUCCCAUUUGGCUCUGCAAUAGCUAAAACUAUCUUAGGAAACGCAGCGUAUCAGGCAUGGUUUUCCAAGAGAUUCAAUGCUGCAGUCUUUGAGAAUGAGCUCAAGUGGUACACCACGGAGCCUGAGGAAGGGAAGCUUAACUACACUCUGGCUGAUGAUCUGCUGGGAUUCGUCAGGGCCAACCAGAUUGUGGCCAGAGGCCACAACAUCUUCUGGGAGGACCCUAAGUACACUCCGUCAUGGGUUCAGAACCUCACCGGUGAUGAACUCCGGGCCGCCGUCAAGUCUCGCAUCAAUAGCCUAUUGACCAGGUACAAGGGGGAGUUUGUGCACUGGGACGUGAGCAACGAGAUGCUUCACUUUGAUUUCUAUGAACAACGUCUUGGAUAUAAUGCUACCUUAGACUUCUUCGCCACGGCGCAAAAUUCGGACCCCCUUGCUACUUUGUUCAUGAAUGAUUUCAAUGUAAUUGAGACCUGCGACGAUGUGAAUUCGACCGUUGAUUCAUAUGCAUCGAGGCUGAAAGAUCUGAAGGAAGGAGGCGCCAUAUUGGAAGGCGUUGGACUGGAGGGGCAUUUCUCUAAGCCAAAUAUUCCUCUGAUGAGAGCUGUGCUGGAUAAGUUGGCCACUCUGAAGCUUCCCAUUUGGCUAACAGAGAUUGACAUAAGCAACUACUUCGAUCAAAAAACACAGGCUAUUUAUCUGGAAGAAGUGUUAAGGGAAGGCUUCUCCCAUCCAUCUGUGAAUGGAAUAAUGCUAUGGACUGCGAUCCAUCCAUAUGGCUGCUAUCAAAUGUGCCUCACAGAUGGAAAUUUUCGCAAUCUUCCCGCAGGAGACGUAGUGGAUGGUCUCCUCCAAGAAUGGGAAACAAAGCAAGCUGGAGGGGCCACCAACGAGCGUGGUUCCUAUAGCUUCUUUGGAUUUUUAGGGGAGUACAAGGUGUCCGUGAGUUUUGGGAACAAAUCAACCGAGACGACACUGUCCUUGACGCGAGGGGAUGAGACUAAGCAUCUGAACAUUCAACUUUGAGCGUUCCUAUCAUCUGGUCAUCUAUAUGGAUGUAUGCGUUAGGUGUUCCAAGGACGCUUAGGAAGCAAACGAGUUUCCCGUGUGUUAAUCUGUCUUCAUGUGGCUUGUUUGGUUGCUAAUGACUGGAGAUGCUAUGUGGGUAAAAUUACAAGUCUCUAGCUAUGGGAGUGCUGAGUAAUUAAUUAGUGUAUGAGGGUUUUUGUCUUAGGUUGUUUUCGCUGCACUGUUCCAGAGUACAAACACCUACAAGGUGGUCUCUUCUAAUGUUUGUAUUGUGUAAUUGAAGUGCAAAAUAUGUCACAUGUAACUCUAGACCUAGUUUGAAAUAA